AGGUAUACCCACAACAACUAUACGUUACUAUAGCAACGUGUGUUGUUCAGGUAUACCCACAACAACUAGACGUUGCUAUAGCAAUGUGUGUUGUUCAGGUAUACCCACAACAACUAGACGUCCACUUGAGACCUAAGAUGCCGGUAACUCAGACUAUUGAAGUGCGGCCUCAGAGCAGCUACCCGAUAGACACUUAUUAUCUCAUGGACUUCUCUUUCAGUAUGUUAGACGAUUUGCAGAAUUUACGUAAACUAGCGUCAAAUCUCACCGAAGAGUUUAAACUCGUUUCAGAGGACUUCCUCAUAGGUAAUAUUAUGUGUUUGGGGACGUUUGUGGACAAAGUAGUGUUACCUUAUUCUUACACGGACAAGUUCAGAUUAGAGGACCCUUGCAGUGAUCCUGCAGUUAAAAAUGCUCAGCCAGUUUGCAAACCAGCCUACUCCUUCAAAAACGAAAUGAAGAUGUCUAGCCAGUUGUUAGAUUUCACCAAUACAUUGGACAGACUGAAUGUAAGUGGGAAUAUUGAUAAGGACGAGGGAGGGUUGGAUGCGUUAAUGCAGGUGGCAGCUUGUAACCAGCAAUUCGGAUUUAGAGACAACUCCCGGAAGAUAGUGCUCAAUUUCCAUCCCCCAGGAUUUAGAGACAACUCCCGGAAGAUAGUGAUAUAUUUCUACCCCCCAGGAUUUAGAGACAACUCCCGGAAGAUAGUGAUAUAUUUCUACCCCCCAGGAUUUAGAGACAACUCCCGAUUUAGAGACAACUCCCGGAAGAUAGUGAUCAAUUACCAUCCCCCAGGAUUUAGAGACAACUCCCGGAAGAUAGUGAUAUAUUACCACCCCCCAGGAUUUAGAGACAACUCCCGGAAGAUAGUGAUCAAUUACCAUCCCCCAGGAUUUAGAGACAACUCCCGAUUUAGAGACAACUCCCGGAAGAUAGUGAUCAAUUACCAUCCCCCAGGAUUUAGAGACAACUCCCGGAAGAUAGUGAUCAAUUACCGUCCCCCAGGAUUUAGAGACAACUCCCGGAAGAUAGUGAUCUACAUGACAGAUCAGGGGUCCCACAUUGCUGGAGACGGGAGGUUAGGGGGGAUAUUCACUCCGAAUGACGGAGAGUGUCACACGGGGACGGAGUAUCCCGGACAGUAUACUAAGAGUCUGGAUAUGGACUAUCCCUCUAUUGAACAGGUUAGAUAUUACAGUAGAGGCAACAUGGACUAUCCUUCUAUUGAACAGGUUAUAUAUUACAGUAGAGGCAACAUGGACUAUCCUUCUAUUGAACAGGUUAUAUAUUACAGUAGAGGCAACAUGGACUAUCCCUCUAUUGAACAGGUUAUAUAUUACAGUAGAGGCAACAUGGACUAUCCCUCUAUUGAACAGGUUAUAUAUUACAGUAGAGGCAACAUGGACUAUCCCUCUAUUGAACAGGUUAUAUAUUACAGUAGAGGCAACAUGGACUAUCCCUCUAUUGAACAGGUAAACAGAAGGUUGAUAGAGAACGAUAUAAUCCCGAUAUUCGCUGUGGGAGAGAGGGUUUUGGAAAUGUACAAGCAAAUAUCAGACCAUCUCACCCAGCUAUCUAGUGUGGUGGUACUGGAUGCUGUAGGAGUGAACGUUGAGAUAAAACCACUUUGUAACCAAAAGAACGGAUCUCACGCUUGUGGCGGAGUUAAAUACGAUCAAACUGUCAGAUUCAAUAUAACCUUCUCGUUUGAUGAAUGUUUCUCUACAAUACUGGUGGAAGUAACUACACAGUGUAAAUGCGAGUGUGAGGUUAGGAAGUUUGAUGACUUGUGUUUGAACAAGGGGCAUCUGGUCUGCGGGGUCUGUCACUGUCUGGAGGGUUACUACGGUGAGACGUGUAACUGCAGCACUGGAGCACCAGAAAGUAAAGAUAAUUUGAAUAAGUGCACUUCUACUGAUACGUCCACCCUCAAGAAGAUGUUCAAAACUACUUCUGUUUCCUCCGUCACAGCCGCCCAGAAGGUGUGCAGCUCCCAAGGUAGCUGUGAGUGUGGGAAGUGCUUGUGCAGACAACCCGACACCCCACCCGAUAUAGAGAGACCUUUUGUGGAGUAUGGAGACUACUGUCAGUGCAAUAAUUACCAGUGCCCCAAGGGAGGCAACGGCAAGGUGUGUUCGGGAGACGGGUUUUGUGAUUGUGGAAGGUGUAACUGUAACGUAACGUCUUUCGGAGUACCCAAAUCAGAAGUGUUCGUAGAUGGAGAUGCUUGUGAUUGCACUAUCAGCGACGAGCAGUGUAAAGAUGAGAGUGGCGAAGUUUGUUCCGGAGCCGGGGAGUGUGUUUGUGGGAAGUGCCAAUGUGAUGCUAAACACAGAGGGAAGUACUGUCAGAUAUGUGACCUGUGUGGCCCUCUCAACUGUCAAACACACGUGGACUGUGUUCUCUGUCGCACUCUCAGACUGGAUACAGAUAACGGGGAAUCAUGCGGAGCUUACUGUAACAACCCUAGUAUAGACACAGACAAGUACAGGGUACUGGAGGAUGCGGACAAGUUCCUUCAGGAUAAUGAGAUGUCUAGUAAUGUCCAGCUGCUGAACUGCGGAGAGAAUAACGAUAACGAAACAGAGUGUGUUGUAAAGUUCUACAUUGCUCUGCAGAACAACUCUUUACCAGAUCAACCUGGUCAGAUAGAUUACGAGGUUCUGAUAGACUCAGUGGUGUGGUGCGAUGAUAAGCACAUGUUUAAAGCCUAUCAGAUGAUAAUAGCCGCUGUUAUCGGAGCUACCCUGCCGAGUAUUGUUGUGUUUGUCAUCUGGCAAGUUACACUCUACAUGAAGAUAAAGAGACACUUCUCCAGUGUAAAGGACUCGAACAACAGGAAAUAA